AGAAGUCUGACACUUACAUUUCUCCUUAGACACUGCAAUAUGGAUUCCAAGGAAUCCUUGAAUCUUCAACAGAACCGCAUGUUCGAUGACUACUCAGAUCCACCGCCUGCAUAUUCGCCUGCGCGUGCUUCAGUCGCGUCCUCAGAAGCGUCCCUCUGGACCAUCGAGCCGGAUUUCCCCCCCGAGUUUACAAACGACUCGCGGGAGCUGGACUACUGCUUUGCUCCGCAAAAAGAUGGCAAGUUCGGUAUCAACGCGGACAUCACUUCGCGCACGUCUGCCUUCAUCCAGGCGUUCAUGCGGCCGAGCACGCAGGCUCGGUUGGUGAGUGUAGGGUUGAAUCGGAGCGAGUCUGGAGAGAGCAGCAGCAUUCCUUCGAGUGGUGAACCCCAAUCAGAAAUCCCUAACCCGCCACCAUUGGACGUCGUGGUGAUGGUUGUCGACGAAUCCAUUGAUCCAUUCAUAAGCAUCGCAAAACAACUCCAACAAGACUCCCAUCGCGUCCGGAUCGCUGCAGAUGUCUCAUGCGCAUCUCGAGUACGAAGUCACGGACUGGACUUCUUUGCCAUCCCCCCCAUCUCCUCCGCCCCUCGAAGCCAGAGGGCAGCCGAUGGUCGGACUGUCAAAUCGGCUGAUAACCGAGCGAGCCAUCCCCGCAACCUUCGCUAUUCCCUCUUCGAAGCAUACAAAAGAUGCUGGCAAGCCUGCAUUGCACCAUACCAAGACGAGGCCCGUCCCUUCAUGGCGGACGCGAUUAUCGCCACCCCAACCGCGCAUGCCCACAUCCACUGCGCAGAACGUCUGUCGAUCCCGCUGCAUAUCAUGUCCGCGACGCCCCAGAGCCCUACCAAAGCCUUCCCGCAUCCUAGAGCGCGUCUGGAUCCCAACGAGGAUAUCGAUCGGCCAACUGCAAAUAUCCUGUCUUAUGCGUUCAUUGAGGAGUCGACGUGGCGUUUAAUCCUGGAGCCCCUCAAUAUCUUCCGACGACAAGUCCUUGGGUUGAUGAGCAUUUCACCCACCGUGGCGGGGAGGCUGAUGAUCGACCAGGAGAUUCCACAUACGUACUUCUCUUCGAGGGUUCUGGUUCCGAAGCCGAGAGAUUGGGCUCUCAAUUAUGAGAUGUCCGGCUAUAUUUUCCACGAGCCUGAAGAGUCCUACCGCCCACCAAAGGAUCUUGACAACUUCAUCUCGUCGGGCGCAGCACCGAUUCAUCUCACGAUGCGGGACACUAGCAUGCUGGACUCGGAUCUGCUGGCUACAGUCAUUCAAGAAAAUAUCCUAUCACGUGGGCUUCGGAUUGUUGUCUCCGAAGAGUGGCGGCAUGUCUGUGCGAAGCUGGACAAUCCCAAUGUAUACGUUGUCAACUCCAGUGCCAGCGACUGGCUACUCCCCAGAGUAUCCCUAAUCAUCCACAACGGGAGCAUAGACGCCACGAAAACGGCUUUACGGCACGGUAAACCAAGCGUGGUCAUCGCAGAGACCGACGACCACCUGGCAACCGGCCAGACCCUCGCGAAAAUCGGCGCCGCCGCCUCGCCACUACGCGCCAACGAGCUCACCUCCGAUGCCCUCUCCCAGGCGAUCGCCUUCUGCCUCCGCGCCGACGUCCAACAGACCACCCGAGCGAUCCAGCGACAGCUACUCGACGAGGCCGGGGCCGCCAGCGCCAUCAAGCUCUUCUAUCGCCGGCUGCCUCCGCAGGUCCAACCCUGCAGCAUGACCAAGCAGGACGUGGCGAUGUACCAGAUCUGGAACCGACCGUCACAGGCGAUCUCAGCGGAGGCGGCGGCCGUCCUGCUGCAGGAGCAACGCAUCAAGCUUACGGAUCUCGUGCUGAUAUCUCGGUGCCCAUAUAACAUCCCAUCCACGCAAACUGCGUCCGAACGUCCGGCCAAAGAUUAUUGGAAUGGAUUCUCCCACGCCGCAAAGGACAUCGUCAGUGCCUCGGAUCUGGUCAGCAAGGUCCCUGGGCUGCGGAAGAAGGAUUCGAUGGCCGACGGCGGCGAUAAACCCCGAAGUGGGGGCAGGCCCAACCUCGCGAAGGACGUCGGGGUCGGAACCGCCCGGUUCUUCGGGAAUAUUGCUCUGCUUCCAUUCACCAGUACCGCGUUGGUGGUCAAUAGCGUUGCGUAUGGGGUCAAGAGUGUGAAGGCACACAGGCAGAACAGCAGUCGCGAGGAAGAGAUCCCCACCGAAGCACUGGAUGCGACUCGGGAAAAGGAAUCAGGCUCGUCAGUCGCAGGACAAGCAAAACGCGAUUCUCCGGAGGGAUCCUCCGCUGCGAACCAGAUCCAGCUCAGGAACGAGGAGCACGUGGAGGCGAUCUGCCGGCGGCAUUUGGAUCGUGGGUUUCGGAAUGACAAGAUCCAUAACCUAGAGUUUAGGGGGAAUGUGGUUGAUGUUUAUGAAAGUUUUUAGAGUGAGAGGGCGGGGCUGGCGUUGAUAGAUAUAGAGUGUUUUUGG